ACAAUUAUUAAACUCCUAUAGUUAUUUUCUAUCAUUUAAAACGCUUGCUAUGGCUGCUAAAAAGAAGGAGAUCAGUUUACAGAUAAAUAUUAAUACUGACGAACAAUGGAGUGAAACUCUUGCAAUGAAAGGAUUAAUAGUGGUUGAUGUGUACCAGCAGUGGUGUGGUCCCUGCCGUGCCGUCGUCGGUCUCUUCAGGAAAAUCAAGAACGAGCUGGGAGACGAGCUGCUGCAUUUUGCCACGGCUGAGGCGGAUGGGAUUGAAGCUCUGGAGAUGUACAGAGGGAAGUGCGAGCCCACCUUUCUGUUUUAUGCGGGUGGUGAGCUGGUGUCAGUUCUGCGAGGGCCGAACGCUCCUCUCCUGCAGAAGACCAUACAGGAGGAGCUGAGCAAUGAGAAAAAUGUCCUGGAGCACGGCGGAGCCCGUAGAGCAGUGAAAGAUGAAGGUUUAACUGAGGAAGAGGAGGUGAACGAUGACACUGAGGAUCAUUCGCAUGAUGAAGAUGUGACCGUUCCCACAGACAAGUCCUACACAGUGGCAAUAAUCAAGCCGGAUGUAGUGGCCCACGGCAAAGCAGAGGAGAUUAUAAUGAAGAUUCAGGAUGCCGGUUUUGUGAUUUUGGCCCACGAGGAGCGAACGCUGACUGAAGCAGAAGCUCAGGACUUCUAUCAACACAAAGCCGCGGAGCCGUACUUUCAGGAGCUCGUCCAGUUUAUGUCAAGCGGCCCGUCGCAUGUCCUGGUCAUCUCCAAGACGGAGGGCUGUGAGGACGUCAUUCCGGCCUGGAGAGAGUUCAUCGGCCCUGCGGAUGUGGAGGAGGACCGGAGAGAGCAGCCUGAGAGCCUGCGGGCGCAGUACGGCUCUGAAAGCCUUCUGAACGGCCUCCACGGCAGCUCCGACCGCGAGCGCGCCAGCAGGGAACUGGCCUUCUUCUUCCCUAGCUUCAGCUUCAGUGUGUGGGACUCCAGGCCGGAAGAGGAGCCCGUGGAGCGAACGCUGGCGCUCGUCCGGCCCGACGCUGCCAGGGAAAACAGAGAGGAGAUCCUGAGUCGCAUCCGUCAGGCUGGUUUCAGAGUGGCGAUGCAGAAAGAGCUGAUGCUGACGGAGGAGCAGGUGCGGCUCUUCUACAGCACUCAUGUGGAGGAGGAAUACUUCAACAGCCUGAUGGAGAACAUGACCAGUGGGCCGGUGUUAGCAUUAGCUUUAGUAAAAGAAGGAGCCGUGGAGCACUGGAGGAACAUCCUGGGACCCAAAGACCCCAUCAAGGCUAAAAAAGAGCAACCUGACAGUUUGCGAGCCCAGUUCUCAGUUGAAAACUCCAGCAUUAACCAGCUCCACGGCAGCAGCAGCCCAGAGGAAGCAGAGCAGGAGAUUGGCUUCUUCUUCCCUCCUGAAGACACACUCGCUGUCAUUAAACCAGACACCCAACACAAGGAGGAGAUCCUGGAGGAAAUUCAGGCCAAAGGAUUCACCAUUUCCCAACUGAAGGACACGAUUCUGUCCAGAGAGAUGGCGGAGGAGUUUUAUAAAGAGCAUCGCGACAAGCCCUUCUUCAGCCAGCUGGUGGAUUACAUGUGCCGAAACGGAGGAGAGUUUCGCGGAGCUCAAGAAUCUACAAUCUUCAAGAUCUCCAUCAUUCAGUGACUUGAGGAAUGAGACAGAGCCGGACGCAGCAGACGGUGCUGAGGAAAUGAACCGCGAGCUGACAGAGAGUCACGCAGCAUCUACAGAACAAACUGAAGCCCUUGAGACACCAG